AUGGCAGCCGAAGAAUUACAUGAAACAGAAGAUUCAAGGAAGUUCACUAUUGUGGUGAAACUAGGAUCUUCCUCCAUCGUCGAUGAGAAAACGAAAGAACCAAAGAUUGCGAAUAUCACACAAGUUGUGGAGUCUUUGGUGAAGUUACGGAGACAGGGACACAAGGUUGUUCUUGUUUCCAGUGGUGCCAUUGCAAUGGGGCUCAAUGAAACACGGCUAGAUAAGAAGCCAAAGAGGCUGGCAGCAAAGCAAGCCCUGGCAGCAUUAGGCCAGGGUAAAUUGAUUUCAUUGUGGGAUAACAUGUUCAGAUAUUUCCAGCAGCAAACAGCGCAAAUCUUACUCACACGUAAUGACAUUGUUGAUUUCAGUCAGUUUAAAAAUGCAGAGAACACGUUGUCGGAGUUGUUAAACAUGGGGAUAAUCCCAAUCGUCAACGAAAAUGACACCAUAUCUACACAGGAAAUCAAGUUUGGAGAUAAUGACACUUUGUCGGCAAUCACUGCAGGAAUGGUCAACGCGGACUACUUGUUUUUGCUGACCGAUGUUUCUUGCCUAUAUACAGACAAUCCACGUGUCAAUCCGGAGGCGAAGAAAGUGCUGAUUGUUAAGAACUUGUCCAACUUGAAUGUCAAUACUAAAAGUGGCGCCGGAUCUUCUGUCGGUACUGGUGGUAUGGAGACAAAGUUGAUUGCUGCCGACUUGGCAACGAAUGCGGGAAUCACCACAAUAAUAUGCCACUCGAACCAUCCGGAAAAUAUUUUAGACAUCGUGCACUAUUCUCAUGAAUUCGACAACAGCUAUAGAUACUCCGAGUUGGAGAGUGAAGAAACCGAGGAAGAGUUCAGUGUAUCCAACCUGAAAGAGGAACAGAGGCUACAAGAAUUGAACAUGCCAUUACAUACUAGAUUCAUUGGAAGACCCAAAAACCAUGUGAAGAAUAAACAGUUUUGGUUGUUGCACGGGCUCAAACCGAAAGGAUCAUUGAUUGUGGAUUACGGUUGCUUCCUAGCGAUCACGAGACAAAACAGAGCGGGGCUUUUGCCAGUUGGUAUAAUAGAGGUUGAGGGGAACUUCAACCAGCUUGAAUGCAUUGAGCUAAAGCUUGGCUUCAAGGGCAGCGACAAGACCGUGGCGUUUGGACGUGGAAGGUGCAACUAUUCUUCAGGUGAGAUUGACAAAAUCAAAGGCUUACAAAGCGACAAAGUUUCAGAACGUUUGGAGUAUUGUGAUUCUGAGUACGUUGCUCACCGUGAAAACCUGGCGUUUCCGAUUCAUUGGGACAAUGAGCUUUUAGAGUUUUUAAAGAAGAAUACAGAAAGGAAGGAGUGA